AGCUAAUGUGCCGAGACGUCGUUGGAGGAUUAUCGCGAGCCACACUGCGCUCCGCUGUUCUGCUGCUGCUGCUGCUGUUCUCCGCCCAGUCCUUGGUUGUAGCCCUGCUGAGGGGUGUGGUUGGUGGUUGGAGUGCCUUUCUUCAGUAACCAUGUCGGGCUUCAAUCUGCUGCAUCUAAUAACCAAGAGUCAGCCUGUAGCUCUGAGGUCCUGCAGUCUUCCCUCAGGAGCACGUAGGACUAAGAAGACAUGGCCAGUGAGCUUCCCUCAGGAGGAGCUGAGGAAGCGCCUUACACCAAUGCAGUACCACAUUACCCAGGAGAGAGGAACUGAGAGUGCCUUUACUGGAGAGUUCGCACAUCAUAAAGAUGAGGGGACCUACACUUGUGUUGUUUGUGGGGCCGUCCUGUUCAGCUCAAACUCUAAGUUUGAUUCAGGAUCAGGCUGGCCGUCCUUCUUUGACAUUGUGAAGGAGGAGUCCGUCACGCUGUCAGAUGAUUUCUCCUAUGGGAUGCACAGGGUGGAGACUACCUGCAGCCAGUGUGGAGCUCAUCUGGGGCACCUGUUUGAUGAUGGUCCCAGACCCACGGGAAAACGCUACUGCAUCAACUCCGGCUCUUUGGCUUUCCAGCCGAACGACCCGGCCUCCUCCGCCUCCAAGUCCACAGCCGAAGGUGGAGCUGCUAGCAGCUCAGUGAGUGACGGAAAGACAGAGCUCUGAAAGGAAGCAUGGGGAAAAUCCAACAGUUUUUGAAAUAUAAAAAAAACAUUAGUUGUUUUAUUUGUAGUUGACUUUGUAAAGACAGAGGUGAUGAUAUUUUUUGAAUGUGCUUCGGCCUCAGUUACAACUCACCAUUGUACAAUCCAGUUUUAUAUCUGCUUUUACACAGUGCCUACAAAUAAAGGUAGUAUACUUGUACACAACCACAAGAAAGCUUUAUCAGCCAUUUAUUGAACUGAAAAUGCAGCCUUGGUUUAAGAAGCUAGCAUUGCACCCUUUAGUAUACAUUUCUUUAUCUGAUCUUCUUGUAGACAUUUUGCAUAAUUAGGGCCCGAGCACUACUACGCAGGACCCUCUUGAAACUGAAGGAAUUAUUCUUUUGUCUUCUUAGUAUUCUUCAUGGCUAUAAACAGUUGCAUUUUCGAGGGCCUGAACAUGAAAAUUUGCAUACACAUCAGGACCGACGAAAAAUUUGAUAUUUUUUGGUCAUGUGUGUGGCUAAAUGGCUCUGUAGCGCCCCCUACAUAAGUUUUACAUUUGUAGCAUCUACUACAGGCAGCACGUUUCACCUACAUCCAUGAAACUUGGUAAACAUAUGCAGCACAUCCAGACGAACAAAAAAGCCAGUAAUGGCCAUUGACCCAACAGGAAGUCCGCCAUUUUGGAUUGUUCGUUUCUCCACCCUGAGCACACUCCUCCUAGUUGUCCAUUGAUCUCUGACAUUUUUGACCCGUCUUCUGGGCAAAAUUCCUUCAGUUGCAAGAUGCUGGAGUUGUUUUUUGUUUUUUCUAUGUACUGCACAUUGUCCUGAUCUAGCAUUGUGAAGCCCUUUAGAAAAGAACUGGCCAAAUAUGAUGUCAGUCGGAUUUACUCUGUAGGAGUCUGUUAAAGCACAAUGUCUGUACAUGACAACAAAAACUGUGCACAAUAAAUUCACAAUGGCAGACAGGAAGUUUGGGUAUAACCUACAUACAGGAGUUCUAUUACAGUCACAAACAGAAUUACUGAGCUGUAAUAGACUGUAAAGACUCCGUGGGUCUUUCCUGAAACACACUUGAGCAAGUGGACCCAGUCAACCAGCCCUUCCUCAUAUAUCUAGAGAGGAAGACGAUUCUUAUGUGACAUACUUGUUCUAAGCGGUUAUUCCUUUCUACAUAGGUCAUGCUGUCGCUAUCCUGUCCCUCUGUUCUUCUAUUAACAGGUUCUUUUUGACCCCUCAGAAUACAUCUGUUUAGGCCGUGGACAAAACAAAUGCAUAAUAAAAAGGGUCACCAGAGUGUUGUAAGUUUAGGGCAUCACUUUAUGUUGUCUAAUCAUGAAGACAACAAUCUACUCAUUCAGUAGCUGAAGAUUCCCUUUUGCAGGCACCGCUAGAGUUUCCUUAAAAGCGCUCUACUUGAUUCAUCAACACAGUGAAGUUUCAGAGCUGAAAAAAAUCACACAUGAAGAUCAAGUUCUAUAACAGACAUAUGAGAUCCAAAUCAGAUGUUAAGUUCCUGGACUACUGACACACGUGUGCUAGGUGUUGUUAGUUUUCUAGCAUUCCUAGCGCCUCAAUAACUACUUUCUGUUUCAUGCCAAAACACAGCAAUUUGCUGCCAAGGCUGCAGUGUUUCAACAGUUUCACAAUAACGCAUCAUCAAAAUCUUAUAUAUUUUCUGACCAAGCCGUUUCAUUCUUCUUCCUUAUCGAGCAAUAUGAUCCUAAAACUAGCCUACAUGUUGGCCUUUUAAGAUUUGCAGAAAGUACCUACCAGUUUGACUUGUGUUUUUAUAUUUGUUCUUUACUUGCUCCCCAAACUGUUCAACACUGCCAGGGUUGCAGCUAAAAGCAAAAGAAAAGCUAAAACUGCCUUACCUGCCAUAAAAAUGACAUUGGAUUUGAGAUGUGGCCGACGCAGCUGUGUUACUUGUCGUCUGUAUUAUAUUGGUUGGUUUAGGAUUAUAGUUAGAAUUAUCUCUCUGGAUCUCUCUAUGUUUGCAAUUGGUCUUUUAUUACAAGCAUGGUUCUUUUCAUGUGAACACGCUCAAAGCCAUGUUCAGAAAUCCUGGAUUGACUUAUCGAGUUCAUCACCAGUUUCAUGUGAGUUUACGUAUAUGUGGCCAGAUACUGGAAAGAAAUCCUCAGUAUGUCGAACUUGCUUUAUCGUAAAGGCCCGUGGAUUGACAAUGCUCGUGGCUGUGUUUAGGCACCAAAACUACAUGUUUAGGAAAAUGGCAAAAAAUACCACCCAUUCACUACAUUAUUUAAAUUCUGCAUUUUCUGGGUUACCAAAGUGAAGUGUCCUGCCCCAUCUAAUUCAUUGUUGGCUGGCUGAAACAUACUUGAGAUACAAUAGAAAAAAUAAGUGUAAUCAGGCAGAUACAGUGCUUUGAAAAGGUUUUUGCCCCCUUCCUGAUGUCUUGGGGCUCAUCUGGAUGUCAGUGUCAGAUGAGCCUUCAUGUUCUUGUUGGUCAGGAGUGGUUUGGGCCUUGCAGCUCUCCCAUGGAUGCCAUGUUUGCCCAGUGUCUUCCUUAUUGUGGACUCUUGUAGACUGAUCUGAACUGAGGCAAGUGAGGUCUGCAGUUCUGUUGGUGUUCGUCUGGGUUCUUUUGUGACCUCCUGGAUGUAAUGUUGACGUAAAAUUUUGGUUAAUCACUGCUCCAUGUUUUCUCCAUGUGUGGAUAAUGGCUCCCACUGUGGUUUGCUGGAGUCCCAGAGCUUAGCAAUGGUUUUCUAACCCUUUCCACACUCAUAAAUAUCAAUGACUUUGUUGUUGAACCUCUUCACAGCGUGGCAUCAUGUGCUGCUUUUUCAGACCCUUUAGCUACUUCACAACGUGCCACCAUGUUCUAUUUAAGAGAUAUUCAACAAGCCUGGCAGCAAUCAUACUUGAGUGUGACUUGGAAAACUGAACCAAGUGAAUCUGGUCAUUUGGUAGCUUGAUAGCUAAGGAGGAAAUUACUUCUUCACAUCGAGCUAGGUGUGGCUGGACAGCAUUUUACCUUCAAUAAAUGAAGUCAUCAUUUAAAAUCUGCGUUUUGUGCUUUCUUGGGUUGACUUUGUCUCACAUUAAAAUGACUUUGAUGAUCUGAAACAUCUAAGUGUGACAAAUGUGCAAAAAUGGAAGAUAUCUGUGGAGGGCAAAUACUUGUUCACAGCACUGUACGUUUCCUCAAAACAAGAAUGUAAUAGGAACGUAAUUUUAGAGAGACUGAGAUGAUCGUGGACAGACAUACAUACACCAUGGAGAGCUUUUGCUAUUAUAACUUUUAGAAGAUUUUAUUAGAAUAUAUUUUUGAAGUGAUAUUUGAUACUGAGAAGUUGAUUUGACAUUGUCUAUGCAAGUGGUCUUUCAGCAGUGAUGGAGCACACUGGGACAGACCACAUGUUAUUGUAAUGUACUGUUUGUCAUCUUCUAUAUUUGUUCCUUUGGAGUUUUUUGUUCACCGCUUGGAUUAAAAUAGUCAACGAGUGAAUAAAAAUAUAUAGAAACACG